CCGGAGCUGGUGGACCAGGAUUGUUGUGCAAGGACUCAGGUAGAGCAGCUGCCCGGAGCUGCACCUCUGGUGGGCGAAAGGACUCUCCGCGGGCCGCCCUCGCUCUCCUCGCUCUCUCGGUGCUCGCCGCUGCCAUGUGGGGCGCGCUGAGGUCAGCUCUGCGGCCCUGCGCUCGGGCCGCUGUCUCCCGGUCGCGCGCCUAUCAUGGGGACUCGGUGGCCCGACUAGGCACCCAGCCUGACUCGGGCUCCUCCACCUACCAGGAGAACUAUGAGCAGAUGAAAGAUCUGGUGAGUCAACUUCAUGAACGAGCCCAGUAUAUAAGACUAGGAGGCAGCGAGAAAGCCCGGGCCCGGCACACGUCAAGAGGAAAGCUGUUACCCAGAGACAGAAUUGACAAUCUCAUAGACCCAGGGUCUCCCUUUCUGGAAUUCUCCCAGUUUGCAGGCUACCAGUUAUAUGGUGACGAGGAAGUCCCUGCAGGUGGCGUCAUCACGGGCAUCGGACGCGUGUCAGGAGUAGAAUGCAUGAUCGUGGCCAACGAUGCCACUGUCAAGGGAGGCACCUACUACCCAGUGACGGUGAAGAAGCACUUGCGGGCCCAAGAGAUCGCCCUGCAGAACAGGCUCCCGUGCAUCUAUCUGGUUGACUCAGGAGGGGCCAACUUACCUCGGCAAGCAGACACCUUUCCAGAUCGAGACCACUUUGGCCGCAUAUUCUAUAAUCAAGCAGUUAUGUCUUCUAAAAAUAUCACACAGAUAGCUGUGGUCAUGGGCUCCUGUACAGCGGGAGGUGCAUAUGUGCCUGCAAUGGCGGAUGAAAACAUCAUCGUACAGAAGCAGGGUACUAUCUUCUUAGGGGGACCCCCCUUGGUGAAGGCAGCUACUGGAGAGGAGGUAUCUGCUGAGGAUCUUGGAGGUGCUGACCUUCACUGCAGGAAGUCUGGUGUCACUGACCACUACGCUCUGGAUGACCACCAUGCCCUCCACUUAACAAGGAAGGUUGUGAGGAGUCUCAAUUAUCAGAAGAAACUGGACGUUACUGUCGAGCCUUCUGAGGAGCCUUUGUUCCCAGCCGAUGAACUGUACGGGAUAGUCGGUGCGAACCUUAAGAGAAGCUUUGAUGUCCGGGAGGUCAUUGCUAGAAUUGUGGAUGGAAGCAGAUUCAAUGAGUUCAAGGCCUUAUAUGGAGACACACUAGUUACAGGAUUUGCACGGAUAUUUGGAUACCCCGUAGGCAUCAUUGGAAACAAUGGAGUUUUGUUUUCUGAAUCUGCAAAAAAGGGCGCUCACUUUGUCCAGCUGUGCUGCCAGAGAAAUAUCCCCCUGCUGUUCCUGCAGAACAUCACCGGAUUCAUGGUUGGUAGAGACUAUGAAGCUGAAGGGAUUGCCAAAGAUGGUGCCAAGAUGGUGGCUGCUGUAGCCUGUGCCAAAGUGCCCAAGAUAACUGUCAUUAUUGGGGGAUCCUAUGGGGCUGGAAACUACGGCAUGUGUGGCAGAGCAUAUAGCCCAAGAUUUCUCUACAUGUGGCCAAAUGCACGUAUCUCAGUGAUGGGCGGAGAGCAGGCAGCCACCGUGCUAGCCACAGUGGCAAGAGACCAGAAAGCACGGGAGGGAAAGCAGUUCUCCAGCGCUGAGGAGGCAGCUUUGAAAGAGCCUAUCAUCAAGAGGUUUGAAGAGGAAGGAAACCCUUACUAUUCCAGUGCAAGGCUGUGGGAUGAUGGGAUUAUUGAUCCUGUGGACACCAGGCUGGUUCUGGGACUUAGCAUCAGUGCAGCCCUCAAUGCGCCCAUCCAGAAGACUGACUUCGGCAUCUUCAGAAUGUAGCCCGGAUACAGAACGUGUUGCUACAUGUACACAUGCCACACGUGCAGAAAUUAACAUAUGUAACGAAGCCUUAAAACUUGGGAUUUACUGGACAUGCAACUGUCACAGGACUGCUUUUCUUAACAGUAUGUUGCACUUUUUAAUUGUAAAAAUCAAUGAGAAUAUCUGCUUGAUGAGCUUUGACUUUUUUUUAAGAUUUUCCUUGAAGAUAUUUUCCAUGGCUCAUUUUUAUCACCCAUGAAAUGAAGAGAGUAAUUUGCAAUUAUCCUUGAGUACCACAGAUAUGAAAAUAAAACUCUUAUCUAUUCAA